CUCCCCCUCAUUGACAUCUCCCCCUUUCUCACCUGGAAAGCCUCCCCGGACUCCCGCGCCCACAUCGCCGCCCACCUCGCCGCCGCCUGCCGCACCCACGGCGCCUUCUACCUCACCGGCCACGGCAUCCCCCGCGCCACCACCUCCCACCUCCUCUCCCUUGCCCGCCGCUUUUUCCUCGAGAACUCCCCCGCGGAGAAAGCGCAGAUCGCGCGCCAGGCACCGGGCGCCGGGGACGAGGACGGGGUGCGCGGGUACCAGGCGCGAGGGGGGGACGUGGUGGGCCGCCGGAGGAGUUGGAGGGAAGUGGUGGAUGUAUAUCGGGAAGGGGGAGGGGGCGCGGCGGAUGGGUUAUUGGAAGGGCGGGAGCGGUGGCCGGAAAGGCACGAGGAGAUGCGGGAGGCGGUGGAGGGGUAUGUGGGAAGGGUGAGGGGGGUGGGGAGGGCGGUGGUGCGGGCGAUGGGGGUAGCGUUGGGGUUGGGGGUGGGGGUGGGGGUGUUAGAGGGGGGAACGGAAGGGGCGUGGGUUUUGAGGUUAGUUGGGUAUCCGUCGUUGCCGGAGGAGGGAGAGGAGAAUGGGGAGGAUGAGAAGGAGGGGGAUGGGGACGAUGGGGAGCAGUAUAGUUGUGAUGCACAUACAGACUACGGCUGCGUGACUCUCCUCCUCGCCGACGCUACUGCCGCCGCCCUGCAAGUCCAACUGAAAGACGGCACCUGGAUCGACGCCAACCCGAUCGACGACGCCUACAUCGUCACCAUCGGCGACAUAAUGGAACGAUGGACCAACGGCGUGUGGCAGAGCACCACGCACCGCGUGAUCCACCGCGGCGACACGUAUCGCGUCAACGUGCCGUUUUUCUUCGAGCCGGCGCUCGACGCCGUCAUCAGACCCCUGGAUGCGUGCAUCAAGGCGUCGGGGGAGCCGCCGAAAUAUGGGAAGAUAGUGUAUAGGGACCAUCUCUUCGCGAAGAUGAAGGGAAACUUC